AUGGAGCCCGAGCAGAGCCCGCCCGGGACAGGGCAGAGCCGGGACAGGGUCCCACCCCGUUCCCGUCCCUGCCGGUGCCGGGGGUGGGGGAGGGGCGGUUCGGGGGGUGGGGGCGGGGGGCGGGAGUGGGGGAGGGGCGCCCGUUUCCUUUGCAGGUGGAGCCGCGGAGGGGCCGAGACCCCCCGGAGACCCCCCCGGGACCCCCCGAGAGGGGCCGGGACCCCCCGGGACCCCCCGGGACCCCCCGAGAGGGGCCGGGACCCCCCGGGACCCCCCCCCGGGGCCGAGCCCCUCCCCCCGCCCCUCCCCCCGCCGUCUCUCUCCCUCCAGGGCUGGGGGGGGGGGGGGGGGGAGGGACCGAGGGGGGAGGGGCCCAAAAACCCCCCCCCGAGGGGUCCCAGGAGCGUGUGGGGGAGGGGAAGCCCCGCGGCCCCCGCGGCCGCCUGUCCGUCUGUCCGUCCGUCCGUCCGUCCAUCGCCUCCGCCCGUCCGUCCGUCCGCCCGUCUGUCCGUCCGCCCGUCCGUCACCUCCAUCCAUCCCCCCUCUGUCCGUCUGUGUGUCCGUCCCCCUCGUCUGUCCGUCUGUCCAUCUUCCCCAUCUUCCCCAUCUGUCUGUGUGUCCGUCAGCUCUGUCUGUCCGUCGUAUCCAUCCCUCCACCCCCCUCUGUCCGUCCGUCCGUCCCGUCCGUCUCCGUCCAUCCCUCCCAUCCAGCCCCUUCCCGUCCCUCUGUCCCUCCUUUUCCCCGUCCGUCCGUCCGUCCGUCUGUCCCUCCGUGUCCCCGUCUGUCCCUCCCCCCGUCCGUGUGUCCCUCCCUCCCCACCCGCCCUCUCCACUUGUCCGUCUGUCUGUCCGUCCAUCCCCACCCCACCCCCGUCCCUCUGUCCGUCCUCCCACCCAUCCCCGUGUCCGUCUGUCCUUCCCUCCCUCCGCCCUUCCCACUGUCCGUCUGUCGGGUCUUUCCCUUGCCCAGUCCCUCUGUCCGUCCAUCCGUCCAUCCGUCCUCUCCACCCACCUCCCGCGGGCUCCGUGUGUCCGUGUGUCCGUCCCCAUCCCCGUGUCCGUCUGUCCCUCACCUCCACCCUUCCCUCCAUCCCCGUGUCCGUCCCUUUCCCCUCCCUCUGUCCGUCUGUCUGUCACCUCCACCCACCCCCCUCCCUCUGUCCCUCUGUCCGUCCGUCUGUCCAGGAUUCCGCCAUCCUGAUGCCCUGGGGGGUCCCUCUGUCCGGUCUCCGGGGGGUCUCGGGGGGGGCCGGAGCCGUUUAA